AUGGGGUACCAGGGCAUGCACAAUGCGCUCAGCUACCUUGGGCUUGUGAAUCUGCUGCUGCUCAACCUGCUCAAGGAAAAUAUGCUCAAGCACCUUGAAGCAAAGAAAAACAAGAAUCAGAUGGAGCACAAAAAGAGCCGAAAAUUGAGCCAGACCCUGCAGGAUCUCAAGGUACGUUGUGACUUCAGCUACUUCAGCGACGGGAUGACUGUCUGCGAGGCUCGGAGGCUCCACGAGAGCAAGCUGUGCCUAGAGGGCGGCGGUCCUGUGCUGCUGGUCAACGGUGCCCUGAACCCCACGACCAGGACUGCACAACACUGGCACAGCGUGUGGAGCACCACAUGCUUUGGCGGUGGCGCCAUUGCCCCGCUGUCCAAGCUGGAGGAGAAGGCAACCCUCUACGCAGCUCAAGGCACUGGCGUGACGGUGAGCCGGAGCGAUAGCAGCACCUGCUGGGCGGUUCUCGUGGUGACCCCGAUCAUGCAGCGGGCCCAAGCACUGGACGUGACGAAAGACAUCGUCUUCAUACACUCCACGUCCUCUUGCUCGACCAGAUGCACCGUCUCGGUGGUGCUCGUGGCAACGAUGGCUGGCACCGUCCCCGUCGCAGGGCUAGUUCACAACGAGCAGAGCACCGAGGGGUACCUGACUGCGUUCAAGCUCCUCCGUGACACACACCCACUUUGGUUGGGGGGCCAGUCGGCACCGAACGUGGCGAUGACUGACAGCUCCAGUGCGGAAAAGGCUGCGGUGCAGGAGACGUGGCCCACAGCGAGGCAGCUUCUCUGCCAUUUCCACGUCGCACAGGCGGAGUGGCGCUGGCUGACGGCAGCUCGCAACCGCGUCGACAAGGACCAGAGGCGUCAAUUGAUGUCGCUCUUCCAGGAGGUGAUGUACGCCGACAGUGAAGAGAAGCUAGAAGCUGCAACUGCCCAGCUGAAGCUUCAACCGCACCAGGCCUUCGUGGCACGGUUGGAGGCCUUCCUUGGGAGACGGGAGGAGUGGGUGCUGCUAUUCCUUGCCAACAUCACCACACGGGGGCACAACACGAACAACUUCGCUGAGGCCACCAUCCGUGUCCUGAAGGACAUGGUUCUGAACAGGACGGAGGCCUUUAACGCGGUGGCACUGGUGGAUGCGGUGGCCGUGGUGUGGGAGCGGUACUUCGAGAGCCGCAUCCUCCGCCAUGCCCACAGUCGUGUCGCCGGUCACCAGCUGGAAUACACGUGGCUGUUCAGCAGGAUGCCACAAGGUGCAGCAGACAACAUCAAGCCUGUGGGCGGCAACGUCUAUGCGGUGCCCAGUUCCACCAACAACGGCGUGGUGUACGAAGUGUCGCCAAGCUUCGGAGCGUGCAGCUGCCCAGUCGGAAAACAAGGGGUGUUUUGCAAGCAUCAGGCCCUUGUGCACGAGACCUUUGGAGGGUUGUUUCCCAAUGCCCCCCCUUCGAGCACGGGGGAUCGUCACCGACUGGGAAAGUUGGACUUGGGAGACAAGUGUCCGUUGCAAAAUUUUUUCAUGCCUUUUUGUGAAGGGCAGCAGUCGUCAAAAGAGCCAGACGUGGCCAGCUGUACCGCCCAGGCCUCGGAAGGCCAGCACAUUGCCGAAGCCAGUGACAUGGCAGAAGCCCCCGAGCCCUCCACUUCAGCUGUGGCGUCACCGGCUGUGCAGGGACCUGACCAGGCUCAGAUUGCCCAAGCACGAGAACAAGUGUACCAGCGUCUGGAAUCGAGCUUGCAGCACCUGCACGCCAUGAACGAGGACAGCGCAACGUACCUUGAGAUCCUGCAGGGUCUUGGGGACGAGCUGGACCGUGUGCCCAAUGGCAACGACGCCACCGGCCUCAAGUUGAGCCUCAAGGCGACUGCGGCAGGACGAAGCCGCCGGGGACGCCAGAUCCGGGUGCAGCCUACGAGCUUUGCCCGACGUAGGCCAGGGCUGACGAGGGGCUCAAAAAGGGUGCCAGCCGGACGCCCACCGAGUGACCAGCCUGCCAAGAGGCCAAGAAAGAGGCCCCAUUCCCUGCAGAGGAAUGUGCAGGACAAUGUGCCCAGUGCGAGACUGCACUAA